AUGAACUCCUACUUAGACUACCCCGUGUGCAACCGGGGGGCGAAUAUUUUCAGUGCCAAGGCCGGAUAUCACAACCUCAACCAUGGAUACAUGUCGUCCAACUCGUGCGCAACAAGUGAUACUUACGCACCGGACGGUCGUUUAGUGGCCGCGACCUCUACGCCCCUCCAGACUCCGAGCCUCCCUCUGCACCAUCAGACCCACGUCAACUUGGACCUGCAGUUUGCAGCGCCGGGGAACUCCAUGUACGGCCCACCUCUGGAGUACGGACAUCACCAGUACGGCCUCGCUCCCGAGCAGGACCGGAGCUUUAUCCAGGUUUCGCCCCUCGGGACAAACAUGACUCCUUACACCGGGGACAGCUGCGGGCCUGGGGUCGCACCGAGCACCCAGUACCUGCACUUUGGGGAUCAGAGGCAGCAAGAAUAUUCAGAACGCGUUUACACGAGGUUACCGGCCCGGUGCAAGGAGAAGGAUUUGGAGCAUGCAGAGGAAAGUUCGAAAACUUUCGACUGGAUGAAAGUGAAGAGGAAUCCUCCGAAAACAGCUGUCCUGUCGGAGUUCGGGGUUCCCGGCCAGCACAACGUGAUCCGCACCAACUUCACCACGAAGCAGCUGACCGAGCUGGAGAAAGAGUUCCACUUCAACAAAUACCUGACGCGGGCACGGCGGGUGGAAGUGGCGGCCAGUCUGGAGCUCAACGAGACGCAGGUGAAAAUCUGGUUUCAGAACCGCAGGAUGAAGCAGAAGAAGAGGGAGAAGCUGGGCUGCGUGUUGGUCAGCGCCCCGGCACCUGUGGAGAAACUCUGCGGCUCUGACAGCUCUCCAAAGGCAAAGGGGAAAAACUGUGAACCUUAA